GUCAUACCCUUACCUGCACCGUUUAUUUUCUUCAGAUUUUUUCUGAAAGAAUCUACAGUUUUACAAAGUAUCCUUUCAGAUAAGCCAUGUCGGGUCACGGUCACAGUCAUGGGGGAUGUGAAGGUCAUGACCAUGAUCAUGUGACUGAUGAGGAUAGAGCUGCUGCUUAUAGUCUGUAUCUAAAAAUUGAUACAGAGAGGGUUCAAUGUCUGAAUGAAGCAGAGGAUGGAUCAGGCAAAUUUGUGUUCAAACCUUGGGAUCAACGAAUGGACAAAGAAAAGUUUGUUGAGAGUGAUUGUGAUGAGGAGUUGUUAUUUAAUAUUCCAUUUACUGGCAGUGUGAAGUUAAAAGGUAUAAUAAUUAUAGGUGGUGAAGAGGACACACAUCCUAAUAAAAUGAGAUUAUUUAAAAAUCGUCCUAAUAUGACAUUUGAUGAUACUGCAAGUAAACCAGACCAAGAAUUUGAGCUGGCACCAGAUCAUAAUGGAGAGAUAGAAUAUGCAACAAAGGUGACACGGUUCAAUCAAUGUGAAUGUAUAUCCCUACAUUUUCCCUCUAAUUUUGGUGGUGAAACAUCUAAGGUUUACUAUAUUGGUCUGAAAGGAGAUUUUACACAGGCACACAGACAUGAAGUUACAAUAUGCACAUAUGAAAGUACACCAAAUGUUGCUGAUCAUAAAACUAAUUUAUUUGACAAUGUUAGUCAUGCCAUACAGUGAACAGAAUAUACAGUUAACUGUGACAUUGAAUGGAAAACCGGAUAUUCAAUUCCUGUUCCUUAUCUCUGUUGCCAAACCUUGUGGAAACAUAACUUCUUUUAAGUACGUUUUUAUGACUAAGUCAAAGAGUUAUCUCAUCUAAAAGUGAGAAGAUGAACAGUUAGUUAGUUAUUUCAAAGCAUGCAAAGACUUUUGAAUUUGUUUUCAAAUAAUGUUGUUCAUUAAAAAAAAAUUAAAUGUGUUAUCAGAAUGAAUUUUAUUCAUUUUUCAUCAACUCUGUCUCAUUUCUUCCUUUUCUCAUUCUUCAUUUCUGUUCCUGUCUUAUCUAUCUUUCUUCAAUAUCUACUCACACAUGUAUAUAACAACUCAAACGUUCUCUUCUGUCGUAUAUUGUCCCUUUAUUAUUUUCAUGUUUUAAUACUAUGUUUAAAUGUACUUUGAUUCUUUUGGUUAUAAGGUAAUUAUAGGACCUGAUUUAGAGCAUAUAAAGGAAAUAAGAGAUGUUUUUUGUCAUCCGUUAAUAUUAUGGACUUUUUCUUCUGCCUGUGAACUGUUAGAGGUAUCUCAGAUAUGUAAGAUAUCUGGUAACAGUGGGAUAUCAUGUCAUGUGUCUAUGGCGUGAUAUCACAGUGAGGCGGCACUAUAAACAGGGCAUUGUGCUCACUGCUAUAAGUAGACACUGUUGUUUAUAUGACUGAAAAAUUCUUGAAAAAGACGUUAACCUGGAACACGCACAUCUGGUAAGAACAAACACAUUGCCCUAAUUCAGUACAAAAUCUUAUAUUAACUUUUUCCAAUAUAUUGAAGUCAUUUUCCAACCAUUCCUAACUUGACUGUCCGAAGACUAAGGAGGGCUAUUGUGCUCGCCCCAGCAUUGGCAUUGCUGUAGCAGUCGGGUUAAAGUUUUAUGGCAGGCAACUCAGUUCCAUUAUACUUUCUAAACUACUGCCUUUGUAAAUGUCAAACCUCACAUAAGGAUGGGAUCAACAUCUCAUUAAGAUUUGGUUACCCUAAAGCUAAAUGUCACUGGGGUCAGAUAUUGUGAUGGUGUUUAUUAUGACAAGCUUUUAAAUUCCACUGUUUCUUGUUUACUAGUGCCUCUAUAAUUGCACAAUCCCACAUAAGGAUUGGUCUUUUUGGUUAAGGGUCAGUUGUCCCUACCCUGGCAAUUUGUUUUUUCAUGCUCCUUCUUCUCCAAAUUUUGACUCCUGGUUUACUGGCACACCUCCGUCCUUGCAUUGCACCACCACCUUCGUCAUGCAAUUAAGAAGACAAACAAACCUUUGUUGUUGCAUUCACAUUUUUUUUGCCUUUUCUCUUCUCUAUUGGCAAACAUUUUCUAAUAGUAGAGCAUGCUGUCCGAUCAACAGCUCUCGUUGGCAGUCUGAUGACCCGACUAUUGAAAUGAGAAUUAGUUUACACCUGUGUUGUCUAAUCAUAUUUUAUAUAUAGUUGUUGCUGGUUACAUGCAGGAGGAUAGUGUAAGAUACAGAUGGUCCAAUUCUGUAAGUUUCACUGUUGAUUUGCUUUUGCAUGUCGGGUGUAAAAGUCACACAGCAUUUGUACCCAAGUGUAUGUCAGGAGGAGUUACCGUAUAGGAAAGAGCUCCUGACCCCUAUGUUCACAAAACAUUUUCAGUAUGGACAGAGUUUGAUAAUGAAACUUCAUGUCAUUUAUAUCUAAAUUGCAUGUUUAAAACUGAAUUUGAAUUUAAUAACUAUUAUUAAAGUGACAACUCAGUACUGAAGGCCAGUCUCAGUUGGAAUUUAAUCUUAAAGUUGUAGCAAAACUGAUACCAAAAUUUCAAACUCAAACUCAUCCAAGACUGAAAAAUGUUUUGUGAACAUGAGGCCUGAUCCCCAUUUCUUGGUUCAGGUUUACCAUCACUACUGUGAUUGCAUUUUGUUUUGUGUUUUGUUAUCUAUACAUCACUUUCUAUAGGUAUUGUAUGGAACUAUUCAGGUGCAUCUGUUCCAGGCCUGUGUUUUUAUAAUUCAAUACACACUAUAUAUUGACUACGCGAUAGUGAAGCAGUUACUGUAUUUACAAAUAGAGAGCCAGAGUGUAUAGAGCUUCAUGCUCCUUACAUUUGUUCAGUGAGUUACUGCUUUAAUCAGAAACUGUGUUAUUCUGUCUUCAACAUCGUGGGUUAGAGGGAAUGAUGUUUUUUUUAAAACAAUGUAGUUUACUUGCACAAUGUAAUUUUGCUGAAAUCCAAUACCAAUUAUUGAAAAUAAAACUCUAAACAACUGA